UAGUGAACUGCUGGAACUGCUUCAAUGGCAAGGCAUCUCCAUGGCAACCGCGGUGUUGUUGGAGACGCUCGGUUGCUUGGCAACAUCACUUACUUCGUGAGGGUACUACUUCCACGCGUAGUAGCCGCUAAGUUAGCUUUUUGCUAUUAUGUUCAUGAAAAAAAGUUUACGUUGUCUAGCUUGCUAAUUGAAAUGUAAGUGGCUGCCAGGCAUUGAUACAUAUUUUAAAAACAGUAUCGUUGUACAAGUUGAGAGCGGCGCGAUAGCAGUAACGUUAGCUAGAAGAAGCUAAAGAAAAUGUUAGCAAAACAAGAAAAUAAAGUAACGUUGACGUAAGUGAUUCGCGAACGUGGUAAUGGCGACCGAGUGGUCUCAAAAGGUGGAUUUAACCUGCUGAGUUUAUGCUGGAAUACCGGGACGCCUGUCCUGUGCUGAAGACGGACAUUGUAACGUUACUGCUUUAUGAGCUGUUCGAGCUAACAUUACUGGUAAACUGUAACGUGAUUUACUUUAUAACGGUGCACAUAGGCAAAAGGAAGACUUUCUCUGGCGUUUUACUUUGAGCAGAAAGGCAGCCGUAUGUGCCUGUGAGAAAUUACACCCUCAACACCUCACAGAAAACACCAACCAUGGCUGUCUCUGCUAUCAGGAAUUGGUGGAAUACCCACCAGUUGGACAAAUCGGACACCAAUGACUCUAACACAGAGGAAGAUGAGGAGGAAUUAGCAGGGAGGAGGCAGUUAUCUAUAAACCUUAGUCAGACUCUGCGGACCAGGCAGCUGCUCAUUGACUUUGAUGGUGGCCGACCUACUUUGAGUCUCAGGGCACCGCUGGACCUGGUUAACUUCCCAUCUAUCUUCCGCCCUCGUUGGCCCAUAGAAUGUGAGGUCAACAGCGACAUCAUCCAUCACAUAGAGUGGGACCCCCCAGAGCCGGAGCCUUUCUACCAGCCCACAGGACAUGAGAGGACACCCAUGCCAGUAGGAGAGCAGAGAGAGAAAAUGGUGUACUGCAUUGACCAUGCCACUAAGCGUCCCUAUUUCACCUGCUCCCGGGUCGGAGGAAGCAGGGGGCCCAUUAAGAGCGCCACUUCUUAUGACGGUCAGACAGACUUCACCCUUGAGUUUGAGUCACGCUUUGAGAGUGGGAACCUUCAGAAGGCUGCGCAAGUGGGUGUCUAUGACUAUGAGCUCACCCUGCGCACAGACAUGUACACCAGAAAGCACACACAGUGGUUUUACUUCAGGGUCAGGAACAUGAAGGCUGGAGUGACCUACCGCUUCACCAUCAUCAACUUGAUGAAGAGCAGCAGCCUGUAUUCACAGGGUAUGAGACCACUCCUCUACUCUGAGAGGGCUGCCAGUGACAAAGGGAUUGGAUGGCAACGCGCUGGCUCCAAUAUCAAAUACUACCGUAACAACAAUCAGAAUACAAAGGACAACAACAGCGACACAAUCGCCCUGUACUCACUCACCUGGACUCUCCAGUUCCCUUAUGACUCAGACACCUGCUACCUGGCCCACUGCUACCCCUACACCUAUUCUCACCUGCAGCGCUACCUUAGGCGCAUUUCUUCCAACCCAGCAGUUGCAUCAUACUGCACACUGCGGGUGCUGUGCCACAGCCUCGCUGGGAAUGCGGUGUAUGUGGUGACAGUAACGUCCCGGGGGGGCAGCAGAGUGCAGGGCAGGAAAAAAAAGGCUGUGGUGGUGACGGCCCGAGUGCACCCUGGAGAAACCAACGGAUCCUGGAUGAUGGAGGGGUUCCUAGACUUCCUGCUCGGGGACUCGGAAGAUGCUCAGCUACUCAGGGACAUUUUUGUUUUUAAGGUGGUGCCAAUGCUGAACCCUGAUGGUGUGGUAGUGGGUAAUUACCGCUGCUCUCUGGCAGGCAGGGACCUCAACAGAUAUUACAAGACAUUGCUCAGGGAUUCCUUCCCCUGUGUGUGGCACACCCGAAACAUGGUGGAAAGGCUGAUGGCUGAGACGGAUGUAGUUCUUUACUGUGACUUUCAUGGCCACAACCGUAAAAACAACGUGUUCAUGUACGGUUGUAACAACCGAGGCGAUGCUUCGCUGAAGCUGCACGAGAGAAUCUUUCCACUAAUGAUGAGCAAGAAUGCCAGUAAUAAGUUCUCUUUUAAGAGUUGUAAGUUUCGGGUGCAGAAGGGCAAAGAGGGAACAGGACGAGUCGCCAUGUGGAGACUAGGCAUCAAAAACAGCUACACUAUGGAGGCCACCUUUGGAGGCUCCACUCUGGGCGACAGGAGAGGAACACAUUUUACUACUCGAGACCUGAAGUCCCUCGGCUUUUACUUUUGUGACACCCUGCUGGACUACUGUGACCCAGAUCCGACAAAGACCACUUACUGUCUGACAGAGCUGGCAGCGUUGUUGACAAAGGAGGUCAGAGAGAGGCUGGGCAAAGAUUUGGGCACUGACUGUAAUUUCUCUGUGUCUGACCUGGAAACCAGCACCAGUGGUUCAAAUAGUUCUGAUUCUGAUGGACUCCCACUUCAUUUACUCAACCAGCCACAAACUGCCCACCCACAGUUUACCUCAGGCUCCUGCUCUCCUCCACAGCAAACAGUGAAGAAGAAGAAGAAACGCUUGAGGAGUUGUAAAGAGAGGGACACGCUGCGACCAGCGAGCGUGAAGAAUAACACACAGCCAAAGGUCCUGCAAAGCAGCGUAAAAAAUAUUGAGUCCAACCUGCCCCAUGAGGACACAGUUAAAGAGAUCAUCCAAGAGAGAACUGUCGGAAGACACAGGACGAAAUGGCAGGCAAAAGGUCUGAUAAGAAAAGCAGAGAUCCCGCCUCCCUCCACUCACCCUGGGGAGGUCACUCAGGUGACUCUGUGGCAGGGCUGCGAGCCGGUCAAGGACAGAAACAUGAAAGGUGCAUACCCGUAUCGCAGGGUAAAAGCAUGUCCACAUCUCAGCACAUACACAGAAGACCUGGGGAUGUAUACAGAACAGUGGAGGUGCUCCUCUCAGCUGCUGCACCUGAGUGCUCUCCUUCCACCUUCUCCAAAUCCCAUCCUACAUUCCAGCCAGCAACAGCAGCGCUGCCCCCAACCAUCCUUCGUCUCCUAUAAAGUCUACAGAGGGCUGCCACCUUCCCUUAAAGCGCUCCACAGGUCUCCCUCAUCCACGUACGUCAAGAUGAUCCCAGAUAUGUUUCCAAGAAAGCGCUUGCUGUCAACUUUCCCCACUGACGAGGUCGACGCCAGGCAUAUUAUCAGAAACUCUUUACUGGCCUCAGAACGUGACUUUGUGCCCGAGGAUUCCUCCCCGUCACACGCAGACGUGACCAAACCACUAAAUGAGGAACAGGAAGAAGACUCCUCAGAAGUGGGUUUGUCCCUGUUGAAAUGUAUAACACUUGGAGAGCAGAACCGGGGAGAUCUCACCCCGGACAUUCCCCGGAGAGAAACUGAACCACGCGGCAGUUUAUUUGUGCCUGUUCUGAAGGGAACAGACCUGAGAAGGAACGGACUAGGCAAUGAAACUUUGGAGGACAAAAGCCACCUGGGUGUAUUAUCCCCUUUGUCAAAGCCUUCUGGCCUCAUGAAGAUGGAACGUCCACGUCCUAAGAGUGGCACCCUCGGUAGGCUUCAGGCUAAGGACAUCAGGCACUAUUACUCUGGAAGAGAAAGCCAACUAAGUGCGGCAAUGGUCACAAGAUCAUCACAGUCUGCCCCACUGUAGGGCAUAAUAUUUAUAAUCUGGAAACUACAGCUUGAUAGAUAUUGUUCUCUCUAUUUUCGGGCCAGUGAUGGGAACCUGCUCUGAUGGAUCAAGAAGACUAUGAUGUGCGCUCGAACUUCAACAGAUGUGUUAAACCAGUGCUUCCCAACCUUUUUGGUCCGAGGUACCCCCACAGCCCUGUCAGAUGAACUCACGUACCCCUUCAUCGAUUCGCAAUGUAUGUUCCAAAUGUAUAACACUAUUCCUUAUACAAAAGUUUUCAUAAAAUUGAACUGUCAAUAUUAAGGUUGGUUUGGUCAGGAUUACCACUACUAGCCUACUAGGCUACUACUACUUAGAGUGAAGCUGAGUGAAGCUGAAUAUUUCAACAGUUUAUCCACUAACGUUUCUUUUAGCUAACUAAUUCAAACAUGUAUCCAGUACAUUACUUAUAAGUAAUCAUUUGAACUGUUUAGCCAUUAACUUUUAGCUAUCUGUUUAAACUUCUGUGCUCGCUUGCUAACUAGUUUUCUCUUACCCAAUUGCAACAUGUGGUGUUACAGUUGACUUAAUGUUAAUAUCUGGAUAUAUUCUUUUUUUAAUCAAAUCAUAAUUUGUAAAUGUUCAAAUUACAGCAGUAGAGCUCUACAAUCUUUCCACGUACCCCCUGGCAACAACAGAAGUUCUCCCUGGGGUACACGUACCCCUGGUUGGGAAACCUUGUGUUAAACGACAGAUAUUACUGUUUAUUAGAGAAGUGGAACCCUCUGGAAACCUAAAAAAUUACAUUCAAAUGGCAAUUUUUUCUUCUUCCAUUUUGAUAAAAUUGAUACAAACUCUUAAACUGUUGUAUUUUUUUGUUUUUACAUAAAGGUAACAACAAUGCUUAUCUAUUUUCUGCAGUGUUGAUAUUGGUAAGAAAGAGUUUUACUGAUGGCAAACCUUUGUGCUUGGGUUCUCA